AUGGCGACCGUGACAGGCUGGCGGACGGGGUUCGCGGCGCCCCGAUGCGUUGUCGCGGUCCGUCCGCGUGGACGCGCGCCGCGGUGCCUGGCGGGCGUCACCCCGACGCCGGGCGCGACCGGCGCCGCCCCGGCCUCGGCACGGCCUCGGCACGGGUGUUCAACCUCCCAGCGGGCGAGGGUUACGCCUCAGAGAUGCGGGGAGAAAUCCGUGCGACGCGGGUCCAACGCGGUCGCCUCGGCGGCUGGCGCGACGCCCGCGGGGGCGCAGGAGACCAUCGCCACGAUCAUGGGCGACGCGCUCCCGCCCAUGAUCCAGCAACCCCUCGGCCUCACGCUCUCCCAGACGUUCCUCUACAGCGCAGCCUUCGCCGUGGGCCUCGUGGUUCUGGUGGGAACCCUCAGGCCCGCGCUGGUGGUGCUGCACAACGCCUGGGAUUCCAUGUGGGGCGGCCGGGUCAAGCACAAGCCGUUCACCGACAGCUUCUUCGGCUGGUCGUACAAGAUUCUGCGCACCGCGUUGCUCGCGGUGGCGCUGGCGUGGACCUACGUCAUCAUCGUGCCGGUGGCAUCCACCGGCGUUCACUCGCUCUUCCCGCCCGAGAGGUGCGUCAGGAUGCUUCGCAUCCUGUACCUGGGCUACGCCAUGGACUCGUUCCGUAAACGCUACCUGGCUCGGUUGGCGGGUGCGCUGCGGCGGAGGAUAUACGGCAAGAUGGAGCCCAGCGACUUAAUCCCGGCGCACGUGUACGACAGAGAGACGGGCGUCCUCGUGUGGGCGCUGACGGGUCUCGCGGCGAUGGAUUCGCUCGGUCUGCCGCUGCCUUGGCUGGUGAAGGGUUUGGGAGCGUCCACCGUGGUGCUCGGUAUCCUGGCGUCCGUGGUGUUGAGGGACACCGUGGCGAACUACUUCGGCGGUCUCAUCGUCAUCGCCGCGGGUUGGUUCACGCCCAAGGAGGUGAUCCGCAUCCUGCUCAGCGGCCGCCGAGAAAUCUCGGGUCGCGUCGAGCACAUCGGCUUGCUCUACACCAAACUGAUCAACCGCGCGGGUAAGGUUGCGUACAUUCCCAACUCGGCGAUGGUGGCGUACAAGGUGGAGAACCUGUCGCGGGCGCCGUACCGCGAGUUCCGCGAGCAGCUCGCCAUCCCGUUCAAGGAUCUCGGGCACGUGCCGCAGAUCCAGGAGCGCAUCGAGGCGUUUCUGAGAUCCACCGCGGGGGCGGACAUGCUCCGCGGCGUGUCGCUCGCGCCGAGGUGCACGCUCACGGGGAUCAACUCGUUCGCCGGGGGUGCCGUACUCGAGGUGGUGUGCUACAACGAUUACAGGACGCUGCGGCAGGAGGGGUUCACGACGAUGCGCCUGCGUCACCACAUAUUCCUCGGCAUCGCCGAGAUUUUUGAGUCGCUCGGCGUCGAUUUCGCAAUCGCCGGCGGGCAGGGGAGCAAUCCGGGCGGGGGGUCGUACCAGGACGUGGGCGAUAACGGGCUGUACGGCUGGGACUCGACGGCGCAGGCGACGGGAGGUCACAAACGGGAGGAUGCGCUCAUCGACCAGCUCGACGAUCGCGCGGCGGUGGGCAUGUACGCCAAAACCCCGUGGCUCUGAAAGAGAUGAAAGUUGUAACAUAAACGAAUCGCUUCUUUAAA